UCUCCACAACACCAUAACAUCCAUCAAAAAUGGCCCUUGAUAAAUUGAUCGGUCUUGCGAUGCUUGCCGUAGCUACUGCUGUGUUCGCCUACUACACCGCGUGGGUGUUUGUUUUACCAUUCAUUGACGAAAGUAACGUGUUGAACUCGUUCUUCCUUCCAAGAGACUACGCCAUCAAGUUGCCCAUUUUGUUGUUGUUGAUCGGUGGCUUGGGUGUCGGAUCCUUCAUCGGCAAUGUUUUGAUCAAGAACGCCCAAAAGGAGAAGUUGAAAAAGAGUAAGAAGACUCAAUAGAUGAAGAUAUUACAGUAUUAACAUCUAGGGGAGAGGCGACACCGGUGAGUAUGACCAAUACAUAAUGACGAUAACAGCCGAGUGGCGUGUAGAAGACCAUUGGCUUGUGCUGGGUCGAGUGUAAAAUGUUGGUGGAUUUAUGGAGGCUUAAGACAU